AAUUAUCAAAAAUACAUUUUUUUCGCCAAUAGAGGGCGUCGUUGUUUUUCUGUCAUGUGAUGAGUAAAGUUUUUCUCGGUCACCUGUCACUGAAAUAGUCUUGAUAUUUUACCAACCGUGAAAACUUGAAGAAUGGCCCAGAUACGCAGCGUUGUUCUCCAAACAUUCUCGUGGCUGUUUUUGGCUACUAGUAUAGUGCUUAUCUUCCAAUUUGUACUCACGGGAAAAGGUGAACGAGUGAGUGUUGGUUGGUUCCUUGCAUCCACAUCACCAUAUAUGUGGGCAUGUCUGGGAAUAGGCUUGUCAGUGGCAUUGUCUGUGGUAGGAGCUGCACUGGGCAUUCAUACAACAGGCACCAGUAUUGUGGGAGGUGGUGUAAAAGCUCCUCGUAUCAAGACAAAGAAUUUGAUUUCAGUUAUCUUCUGUGAAGCAGUAGCCAUUUACGGUUUGAUCACUGCGAUCGUUUUAUCUGGUCUUUUGGAAUCAUUUACGAUGUCGGCAGCACUUGAAAGCCAAAGUGUAAUGAACAACAAUUGGUUUGGUGGAUAUGUAAUGUUUGGUGCUGGAUUAGCAGUGGGUUUAGUAAAUCUGUUCUGUGGUAUAGCUGUUGGGGUUGUUGGCUCCGGUGCUGCGCUUGCUGAUGCUGCUAAUUCAGCAUUAUUCGUGAAAAUUUUAAUUGUGGAAAUUUUCGGUUCAGCUAUUGGACUUUUUGGAUUAAUCGUGGGAAUUUACAUGACUUCAAAAGUAAAGAUGGGUGAUAAGAAAGACUAAAUUUUAUGUAAAGAUGAGAAUAUUGGUACGAGCCCAAAAGAACAGAGAUAUAAGCAGAACUCAAAGUACCAAAAACAUAUAUAAAUUAGCCAACGCGCUCUUUAUAGCAAACAAAAUUCCAGUCCGAAACAGAGAUAAAACCAUUGGAUCAAUCAAUGUUUCUGGAUUUUACUUAAUCGUAUUAGAUGUAUAUAUUUUGUUUAUUCAUUAUAAUUUUAACCUGCAUAAAAAGAGCACAAUGGAUCACUGAAAUUCGAAAUAACCACAAUUUAUCCAACUCAUUCCAUAUUUGACAAAUAUUUGAUGAGCAAAGUAUUUAAUUUUCAUAAUUUUUGGUAAAUGCUAACAUGCCAGCGAAAUGAAAUGAUUAUAUGAUGAAAAAGCCAUAAUAUUGGAGUAACAGCUAAAAAAAAAA